ACUGUCAGUGCCGAAAUCACGCUCAUGCACGUCAGAAUCAAAGAAAAUAAAACACAAUUUCUUAUAAAAAAUAUUAUUUAAAAGCCUGAACAUGCGCGUUUAAAUUAUAAUAAAUUAAUUACCUUUUACUGUUACAUUGGAAGGUGUCCUUACUUUAAAACGUAGUGUAAUCAGUGUAACAAGGUAUGAAUUGGAUGCCUGUUGUAUAAAAAUAUGAUGAAACUAGGUAAAAAUAAAGGAUAAUUUACGAAGGAUUACAAAUAAUCUAUGUUCGAGCUUUACAAUAUAUUCAAUAAAGCUUAGGCAAAUUAAAGCUGUGGCCAUGUUUUCAGGACAUAGUACUGAAAAAAUGUCGAUGCCACAUAGCAGUUCCAGCACAACUAGCUCAAGUACAAAACGCAAAGAAAUAUACAAAUAUCAAGCACCAUGGCCUUUAUAUUCAAUGAACUGGUCAGUAAGACCAGACAAAAGAUUCAGACUUGCACUUGGCAGCUUUGUAGAAGAAUACAACAAUAAGGUGCAAAUAAUAUCUUUGGAUGAAGAGACAAGUGAAUUCAGUGCAAAGAGUACAUUUGACCACCCAUAUCCAACGACUAAAAUCAUGUGGAUACCGGAUAGCAAGGGAGUGUAUCCUGACUUACUUGCUACAAGUGGUGACUAUCUUCGCAUCUGGAGGGCGGGAGAACCGUACACUCUCUUUGAAUGUGUCCUCAAUAACAACAAAAACUCUGACUUCUGUGCCCCACUUACAUCCUUCGACUGGAACGAAGUCGAUCCCAAUCUGAUCGGCACCAGUAGCAUUGAUACCACUUGCACGAUAUGGGGCUUGGAGACAGGUCAAGUUUUGGGCAGAGUCAACGAAGUGUCAGGUCAUGUGAAGACACAACUCAUCGCUCAUGACAAGGAAGUGUACGACAUAGCGUUCAGUCGCGCGGGGGGCGGGCGCGACAUGUUCGCGUCGGUGGGGGCCGACGGGUCCGUGAGGAUGUUCGACCUGAGGCACCUCGAGCACUCCACCAUCAUAUACGAGGACCCACAACACACGCCGCUGCUCCGCUUAGCGUGGAACAAGCAGGACCCCAACUACCUGGCGACCGUGGCCAUGGACGCGUGCGAGGUGAUCAUACUGGACGUGCGGGUCCCCUGCACGCCCGUCGCGCGCCUCAACAACCACCGCGCCUGCGUCAACGGCAUCGCCUGGGCGCCGCACAGUUCGUGUCACAUCUGCACCGCGGGCGACGAUCACCAGGCGUUGAUCUGGGACAUCCAGCAGAUGCCGCGCGCGAUAGAGGACCCGAUCCUAGCUUACACCGCCGCUGAGGGCGAGGUUAAUCAGAUCCAGUGGGGCGCCACGCAGCCCGACUGGAUCGCCAUAUGCUACAACCGGCACACGGAGAUAUUGCGCGUUUAAACCAUAAAAACCCAGCAUCAGUGGACUGCUGGACAUGGCCUCUCCCAUCCCAGAGCUCGAUCUUUAGCUCUCUUCAGCCAGUCCUUGCUUCUGUUCUGAUUUCAUCGCUACAUCUAGUCGCGGGACGCCUCACACUGCAUUUGCCGAACCGCGGUCUCCACUCCAGAACUAGUCUGCCCCAACGGCCAUCUGAUCUAUGGCUUAUAUGUUGAGCCCACAGCCACUUCAGCUCGCUAACUCGUUGAACUAUGUCAGUAACUUUAGUUCUCUUGCGAAUUUCUUCGUUCCGGUCCGAUCCCUCGGAGAAAUUCCCAGCAUAGCUCGCUGAGCGACCUUCAUUUGGAGGACUAGCCUUGACGUCAAUGGCCACAUCACGACUCCAUAUAUUAUCACGGGUAGGACGCACUAUUGUGCUGGACACCUGUUUUCGAAUCGCUUGUUUGGAAUUACAUCACCGUUUGCCGUGUGCCAUAGAAGACCCGAUUCCAGCUAACACCACCGCUGAAGGCCAGGUUACAGAUCCAGUGGGUCGCCUCGCCACACAGCCCGACUGAAGCGUCAUAUGUUACAACUGGCACACGGAGAUACUGCGCGUAUAAACCUUAAAAACAAUACUGGACAUCUAUUUUUCAAUCACUCUUUUUCGAUUUUAGCCUGUCCAGUACCCUAUUUCACCAAGUCGACAUACUCGUAUGUCAUAAAAUUGAAAGGCAUUUUGUUACAAGUAUCUUACUUCAACGACAAUAACUUAUGUUGUGAAACAGGGGUAAUUAUUUUAAGUCGACAUAUUUUCCAAAUUGUCGGUAAUUCUUGACGUGAGGUCGGGACUGUGUGAGAUUUGCGUUAGAAUUGGAGCGUCUUCGUUGUUAGAUAUCAAAUAACUGUCCGGGAAAGCUUGAAAGAUGAGUUUCUUAGGAAAGAAGAAUUUAUAAAGAACGAACAAACUUGGCCUUUGAGAAAAAACGGAAAUACCAGUAUCGAACAUUCAAUUAAUCGGUGCAGUAAAUAUUUUACCCAAGCCAAAACUUACAUAUUAUGUCAGUAUUAUAUCGACUUGGUGAAAGGGGGCGGAGAUUGUUGUCGUUGCGCAUUGUUGACGCAAGUGAACUUAUUAAGAAAAAUAAAGUGGAAUUUUAUAAAAAUAAUAGGGGUGAUGACGGGGUACAGUAAACGAAAUUUUAUUUAGUCCGUCAGUUAGAUGAUCAAAAAAUAAUGGACACGUAUUUUUUCUUCGGGCAAUCAACCAAAAAAUGACAAAGUUAUAGCGCGUCAAAGUUUGGGAGUAGGGGCUCGUGACGUCACUUUUGAGUGAAUUUUCACUUAUAAGUGUACUCAAACGUGACGUCAUGCGACUUUUCAAAUCAAUAUAUCUCUGUAAUGUUUAUAUUAUGUGAAAAAAGAAAAAAUACGUGUCCAAUACUUUUUGAUAAUAUACCUAAUAAAGAAGAAAAAAAAAUUAGUCAUCAUCCCUAUUGUUCAUACGUCCGAUAGGGCGUUGCUUAAUUUUCAUAGAGACUGACGAUGUGAAACGAUUACGAAGCUGUCAAAAUUCCUGCUUGAACCUCAGAUUUGCAUUGCUACAGAAACGAGGUCUAGAUUUAGCCGUAUAACAAUGGAGUCGGUUACUCUAUUUAACGUGGCUGAAUUGUGAUAAUCGCUUACACGGAGCUAGCACUAGUAUGCCAGUUAGAUUGGCACUUGCUUUUGUAUCAAUGUUAACCUGCCACUCAACUUGUAUGUUCGGAAAGCACUGGCAAAUGGCUAGCCUAACUUUGUGUGAAGACUUAAGUCUCGGAUAACUUAGGGUCAUUCACACAAAGUAAGUUAAAAAUUGUAAUUGAAUAAUCUAAUUUAUGUUAUUUUACUCCGUGAUCAUGGCGCUUGCAACAGUGCCGAAAUAUCGGAAACUCGCUUAAAACAAGGUACAUGGUAACAAUAAAAUAACAUAAAUGACUGUAAUGUAAGUGGCUAUGAAAGUUUAAAACAAUAUAUUGUUUAAUCUUAAUAAAAAGAUUUAAAAUUACCCACAAAAAAUCUAAAUUUAAAAUCAAAGUUCGCCUUAGGUAUUAAUAAUUAUCUCUGUACUUACCUAGAUGAACGUAAUCACCAUAUUUGAGGUCGACUAUCAAAUUGACCUUGCGAAGAAAAUAAAUGAUAACCUUGAAAAAAUAUUUUCUUCCUAAGACUGAUAUUAGUAAUAUAAUGGUGUCGAUUCUGGCGUGAUUCUCUAAACUUAAAACUAAAUUUAACAUCAGUCUCUCCUUUUCAUUCUGUAAAGAGAACGACAAGGAUACACUGUUGUCAAAUUUAAGUUUAGAUUUAGAGAAUCGUGCCAGAAUCGACACCACUGUCAAGGAUAAUGUGAUUUUAUGUGUUGUCAACUCAUCUCUCGAGUUGAAAAUCGGAUGUUUUGAAACUUGGUGUGAGAGUAGUAAUUAAUGUUAUUACGAAUUACUCAUAAGCUUCGUUUGUUGAUAAUAGUAUUCUGUAAAAUGUGACGAUUUGCUUUCACCAAUGCUGUAAAAGGCGUGUACCAAAUAUUAUUAUUAUUUAUUUUUGCAAAAUUUGGUAGAAACUGGACUUAUUCAUUCACUCCGGACAUCAACAUUUAAAAUUAACUAAAAAGACUGUAUAAUAAGACGAUCGGUACGAUCAACUACAAAAUAUUUUGUGCGAGUUAUUUCUACUAAAGAUCCAUCUAUUAGGUACUUUUCCUAAUGUUAUGUAAGAUGAAAACAUUCAGCAGGACUGCGUUCAAAAACCUACAAUCUGAGAUCAACUUUUCAUCCUCAACUUUCAAUUUUAACUGAAAAUGUAUGAAACUUAAUUAUGUAAAAUUUGACAUUUGUUGCACCUGGUUCGUAGGUUUAGAACGCAGCCCAGCAAACCUGACUAUACCAAUCUAUCAAUUUCGUGCAAUUCAUUUUGAACCCUAAUGCAUUUUACACACACAUUAAAUUUGUUGUGCUUUUGACUGUGUUUACAUGUCUUUUAAUUUUUAUAUUUGUCGUGCCUGAUUCGUAACCAACUGGAUUGGCAUGACUCAUGUAUAAACUUACGUACUUUUUAUGAAAACUUAGAUUUAUUUUGAAGAUUUCCUCAAAGAUGCAAGAGAGACUUUAAAUUCAUAUUAUUUAAUUUUACCUAAAAAACAUAUCGUUUUCCUUUUAAUAUUAGUAGCAGUUCUUUGUUAUUCUCUAAAAGCAUAUCUUCAAACAUUAGCCAGCCCUGACAAGUUCGUGCAAUUCUAUGCAAGGCAUAACCACAAUAUUUGAACAAAAAUCCCUAGGCAUAGGGUGUAAAAAAACCAAGACUAAAACUACGUAUUCUGUACACCCAAACAAGUAAUAUUACAAAAUAUUAUACAUGGGAAACAUUUGUAUUUUAAAGUCAAAAAAAUACAUUUUUUUUUCCACUACACAAUGUUUAGCGCGACGCGCUACUAUGGCGCUACGCCAACAAUGUGCCUGUGUGUAUGUGUAAGUGCGUCGAUAAAAAAGUUUCUAAACAAGGCUUGUGUAAAAAUCCUGAAAAAAAAUUUUUUUUGUCUCAAAAAUUAUCGACCCCGGUCUACUAUUACUACGUUACAUUAUAAUAAAAUUAUUAUAAUAAGUUCUACUACGUUUUAUAUUCGGCUCAUCAGUACUGUCUCUUAUUUCAUUGUAAAGUACAGUACUAAUAAAAAAAAUAUCAGUUGUGUAACAUGCACCACAUUGUAUUUUUAAAGCAAUAGUGACUAUAUUUGCCCAACAAUGUGAAAUUACAGAAUUGCUUUUAACUCUUCCAAGACAAAAGACUGCACACAGGGGCCUGCUUACUUUGACAAUUAUGUUUAUAAUAAUAACGAUAAAACUACAUACUGACGAUAAUAAUAAUACAGAGUACGUACAUGGUACCAUAAUUAUAAGUAAAACAAGAUCUGUUUCUUGAUGAUAAGGCAUAAUAUUCUUUAAAUAUACAUAUAAUGCGAUUCAACUAAGAAUAGGACCGACUGGGCGCCAUAUUGUGACGCCAUAGCUGUCAUUCAAACCAGUUGGGUAGACGAAGCAAAAGUUUU